ACAUUUGUAUAAUCGCACGCGCGGAGAAAAUAAAUAUAUUAACCUCUAAAAAUUAGACAACAUCAAUUAAUUCAAUUUUAAUAUAUUAUUAAAAAUGAAUUUGCGAGUUUUAUGUCGUUUAUCUCCUUUUAAUUUAACAUGUAAAAGGUACCUUAAUAAUAAUGUAGCUAGUGUAACUAAAAUUCAUCGAGAAGUUUAUACAAGAAUGUAUCCUACUACAGUAGUUUUGGCUGAUGGCUCUUCUGUUAAUAUUAGAUAUCACGAACCUCGAAAAAUUAUAAAGUUACCUUUGGACUUAUCACAAUUGUCACCUGAAGAAAGGAAACUUAGAAUAGAUAAAAGAAAACCAAAGAAGAAAGUUAAAAUUACUGAAGAUGUUGAAGAUAAUUUCAAUGCUAAGAAGUAUUUGAAAUAUAUUAAGAAGUAAAUGUUAAUAGAUGAAGAAACCUAGAAAUUAGUUAUAAAUUAUUCAGUGUCAGUAAA